AUGGAGUUCGAUGUUUCCUAUUUCCCGAAUGCCCAUCUAAGAGUAAACCUAUCCAGAAGCAUCACCAUCUGGCUGAUUCAGGAGCUAAGUGGUUUUGUGAUCCAUAUAGUGGGUCACUCUCCGGCAUCGGAUGUCAUCAAGACCAGUGUCAGGUUGCACAGGACGCCAUGGAUUUCGGACCAAAAGGACACCGUUAACGACUCGCCAUGGAGAAUGUCUCAUGCUCUGCACUAUAACGCCAGGACAGCCUCCACCAACGCCGAUCUUCACGGCCCUCUCGAAACUGCAAGGUGGAUCAAUUAUCAAGUAAUCGCCUUGCAGAAGCAAAGUCCAGGAGGACGGACGCGUGGAUUUGUUGUACACCUACCUGAUGUACAUCUUGUUGAUUCGCAUGAGAUCUUAUCACCUCGCCUGGCUGUUCUUCGACUCCGUUCUCUGUAUCAGAAAACCAUUACUAUCAUCACCUACUAUUCUCCAACAUCAGUAGCUGAUGACUCGGAACCUGAUACCUCUUCGCCUCAAUGCCUCGCACAAGAAACUUGGAACGAAAAAGCCACCAAGGAUCUGCUAGAGAAGAAGAGCGCUGAAGCUGGAUCCGACUGCAUCACAUCUCGUGCGACUGGUAGCGAAUACCAGUUGCGGAACACUUCGAAAGUACAGGCAACCGAAUUUGAAGCAGCACAAGGAAGGAGAACUGGAUCCGACUGCAUCACGUCUCGUGCGACUGGUAGCGAAUACCAGUUGCGGAACACUUCGAAAGUACAGGCAAUCGAAUUUGAAGCAGCACAAGGAAGGAGAAGUUUAAAGAAGUACCGCAUGGACUUUCCCCACUACCGUGUUCCGCUGACAACAUUAGUAAACAAUGACGGGACUCGCAUAUCUUUCCGACAAAAGAUGGAAUCGAAUAUGAAGAUAUUCUGCACCAAUUUUUUCCGCUCGUCAUCAUCCGUGUCAAACCCCGUUAUUACCGUGGGAGAAGUACCACCAUGGAUUCUACCUGCUGAAGUACGUGCCGCAAUACAAACCGUGAAAGCAGCCACGGCUUCGGAAAUGAACCUCGACCAGUGGAGAACCUCCCGAGCAAUCCUUCUUCAUGAAAAGGGCGAUCAUAAGAAGGGAGGAUCUUUGAAACUACCGUCCAAUAUGGCUGCUAAACGUACUUUACAAGUUUUUUACGACGAUUACUCUCGCUCGCAUAUCAAGGACACUGGAUGA